AUGGUAGGCCGAGACAAUAUAAAAGACGUAUGUUUUUCAAUUUACUAAACAUUUGGUUAACUUACACACGGGCUAUAGGAAAGAAGAAUUUAGGUUGAGGUCAUGUAUUAUAAAAUAUUUUGAACAGAAAGAUGCACGUACAGCGGAUAGUGUUUCUUUUUUGCAUCGUGGUUGGUAUGUCGAAAGUUUUUGCAAGUUGCGAUCUGACCACAUACAGCAGUCGUGUGAUUGUGGGGCACAAAGGUCGAGACAUUCGAGUUGAUCCUGGAUUCGUCAACCAUUUACAAACUAUGCAUGCUGCGGCGAGAUUUUGUAACGUGACGGUUAAAGUUACGUCAUCCUUUCGCAAGCAAAACCAGCCGGUACCUGGGAGUAUUGUAACCCCUGCGUCUCAUUCAAACCAUUUGGUCGGACACGCGAUUGACAUGAAUUUGGUAACGCCACUAGGGUGGUGCAACAGCAAAUGCUUAGCUGGUAAGAAAAACAAAUAUUCCGUUUGCUUCAUUGAUGCGAUAAAGCGGGGUCACAUGAGGUGGGGUGGAGACUUUGUCAGUACCGAUGUAGACCCGGUACAUAUUGAUGACAACAGCUACCAUAAAUCGCCAUCUCAUUGGUUGGAGCUGUACGAAAAACACCAAAGCAAUUGCUAAUGCUGCACGAACAAUCGUCGAUGAUAUAUAUAGUAAGGCGGGGCAGGACGAAACACCUUUAGCACAUAAUAUAUUGAUAAAAAACCUAUUUGUCGCGAUUGUGUCGGUUUUGCAUUUUGUUUAUAGUAUUUUUUUCGUUAAUUUUUCUAUUUUUCUUUUCCGUUAACGACGUUAUUAUGCGUCAAUUUUAAAGAUUGCCACAUUUGCGCAAAUAAAUGAUUUCUAUUACCAUCGCUUAGCUACAAGUGAAGCGUAAAACUGCUUGGGGAAUUUCUCUGUGGCUUGCGUUUAUUUUUAAAUUUUCGCACAGUUUUCCAACGUUAAACAAUUAAAUAAAUAAAAAAAUUUGCACUAACGUGAAACUGAACGUCUAUACAAAGUGUAGCAAAAAUGAAAACAACUGAAAUUUCCAUACGGCGAAACAAAAACGACCUUAAAAUGGUCGACGAGAUUUGGGGGUCUGGUGUUUACAAUUGGAAGAAAAAAGACCCUACAAAGAUAUUGCAUCGGUCGGAUAUGUUACUGGAGAAACAGUUGAAAGCAACACUUGCUGCUUUGAAAGAACUAAAUGCUGCGAUCGCCAAAUUGGAAAAUUCAAAAUCCAGUACAGAGAAACAAAACAUAAUGGGGGAUCUGACAACAUUGAAUAGAAUGAUUGCUCAUCUCCGGAUUGUGCUUGAUGUAUUGAACAAAAUAAACAAGGAAAUAGAGUUUUAUCGAAAUAAAAUGAACCAAGCCAUUCUUAAUCAUCAAGAUGAUGCAGAAUUAUAUCGACAGCGAGUACGCUGGCUGGAACAACGUCUAGAGAAAAUUGUAAAUGAAAAUUCAAGUGAAAAUAUGAAGAAAAUGUUUCAGAAACCUGGAGUCCUGCCACCACUGCCAGAACCUAUACAAGAAAAAUCUGCAGAGGGGCAUACAAGAGCUUCAACCUCACCACCUAAAUCUAUUCUCCUCUCAGAUGCACAGAGGUCAUUCCUUUCCAAAAAGGCAGUGACAUUGGCUGAUUUUCCAGGCCGUGUAACCAAUAACCAGGACGUGGCUGACAGAUACUGGAGAGAAGGCCACCACAGAAUGUCAUACUCUGAAAACAUGGGGCAAUUACUUGAAGAUAACCCGUUAUCCUACCACAAGAUAGGGCUGGCAAUUCCAGCCACUUAUGUGGAUAGGAAUAUUUUUUCGGCUGAUAGCGGAAGGUCCUCUUCUUUGCCAUGGAUGAGUGAACAAGACCCAAUGAAGGGAAAUUUUGAUAUUCUGAGAGAUGAUUUAGAAAGAAUUCGAAAGCGUGUGCAUAGAAUACAGGAAAAAAUAUAUGUGGCUGCAAAUUUAUCCACAAACUUUGAAACUUGUUCACCUGAAUCAGCUGUUGCUAAACCACAAAGCAGGGAAGGACUUCAAUCAACACCACAAACACCUGGCACUGCCAACUCUCAACUAGAAGGACAAAGAGUUUAUUCAAGAUCACUCACUGCUGGUAGCUUGGCACGGAUUUCAAGCUCAGCCACACCUGUAAGCAGCACAGAGACUUUUGAGUCCAGCUCAAUCCAACCGAUUCAAAUUGAGACCAGGAACAUAAUGCCACUAACUAGAAUGAACAUGAGCAAGACAUAUCCUCAUGUGUGUGAUCGAUGGUCAGGAGCUCGACCCAAUGAAAAUUCUAUCGCAUCACAACCAACUAUUGUUGAUCAGCGUGAUUUGCAAAACAAAACCAAGAUGAAACUUUUUGUUGCAAAACGAAGAAAACAACACAACCAAGUCGUUCGUGAUCUCAUUACUCCCUCAAGUGUUUCAUCCAAUCGAUCAUUUCGUAAGGUCGGAAACACUGUUCGAUUUGUGGAAAAAUUGAAAUCAUCCGAAGGAAGUGCGCUCUCUCAGAUACAAAAAGAUCGACUUAAUCAAUUGCUAACAACAGUGUCUUCAUCAUCAAGACAUGAAGAAAGAGUUUAUGCGGCCAGAUCAUUGUCAACAUUAGGUGUAACGGCUUCAGAGGAAAUAACUCCAACAUUGGUGGAAGUAUUAAGCAAUGAAACAAACACCCAAGUCAGAUUUGAAGUUGCCAAAGCUUUAAUUAAUUUAGGUGAUUGGCAUACAAGUGCAAUAAAUGAGCUCACUUUCCACUUACAAAGUGGAGGACAAGAAGUGAGCCUUGAUGUGCUUGAACACAUUGCAUGCAGUUGUAACACAAGCCCCUUACAGCUAAGUGUGAAUGAAAUACCUGAACUACGAGAAUUGGUUGAGGUUCUUCAUAUUCUUGCUGGCACACCUGAUCCUGAAGAUGAAAUUUCCUUCCAAGCAGCUGUUUGCCUAGCUGAGAUAUGUGGACUGUAUGAUGACACAUCUGCCAGUAUUUCACUCUCCAAAUUACUAAGUGUAAUAAAGCACACUACCAAAUGGAACUGGCAUGCACAAGCACUAGAAGCUUUGGUGCGUCAACUCAACUGUUGCCAUGAACCAACUCUUAAAGCGAUGGUUACACAGCUCAACCAUGCCACUAAAUGGCAGGAUAGAUUAUCAGCUGCCCUACUUAUUGCAUACUGUGGCCCUGCCAAGGUCUUUCCUGUAAUGAAUGAAGACAGCAUCUUCAACAUCCUGGAUCGGAAGUUGUGGGAUGAUGCAAAACGAGAUGUCCGACUUGGGGUAUCGCAAGCUUUCACUGCUCUUGGGAUGAGGAACAGACUGUUAGAAGUUCUGGACUCUAGAUUGGAUGAUAAUAACCCAGAGGUUCGAUCACAAGCUGUGAUGUCUAUGUCAGCAGCAGGUAUUCGUAGUGACCGCACUCUAAGAUCACUGGUGGAGAUGUUGGGUUUGGAUUCAAGUGAUUAUGUUCGACUACAGAUAAUGAGAACUUUUCAAGCACUUGGUAUAACAGACAUCAGGGUGGUGAGAGCGUUGAGGGAAAGAGAAAAAGGUGGCGGACCACUGUCUAGGCAAGCCUCGAAAAUUCUUGCUGCAUUGGAUGUUCGUCUUACAACUGGGAUCUCAAGCCAGACACGCAGCAGAUCACAAGAGCGAGUCAAGAAGUCCACAUCUGAUAGCCGGAUGACAACUUCAUCCUCCUGGCCUUCCUCUCCAUGGGGGGUAAACCGGGACUCAGUGACGCGGGGGUCAAAAUGGGGAAACCCCCUCUCAGCAACCCGUGGGUCAAGCAAAGCUCGGGGUUCGGCUUAUUCGUCAAACCCCAGUUACGCGUACAGUUCACCACAAUAUGAAGUUAUUUCGACUGCUGUGCAAAAGCCACGUGCCUCGAGCAUUCAAAGAUCAGCUGUUGCUUCUAGAAUGACAAUAGCAAGCGUCAGCACAAUAUUUUAGUGAGAGUAUGAAAUAGACUCAGAUGCGUUGUAACAUUUACUAAUAAGUUCUGACAUGAGUUGUUUUAGAUUGAAACUUUUUUUAAUGUUUUGUGUGUUGCAAACAUAUCUAGAAGAAUCAAAUGUCCGGUAACUGUAAUAUUGAAUAACUGUAAAGUUAGUUUAAGUUUUAGGUUAAUUUUUUUAAUCGUGAUGCUACCUAUCAAUAUUAAUAUUUAUUAUUACCUACCAUGAUUUUACACACUGCAUGUGUUACUGCACUCACUGAUUACCUUUGAAUUUUACCUUUUCAAACUAUAAAAUUACUACCAGAAUUCUUGUUCAAAUCACCACAAUUUGAAAUAAUUUCAUGCUAGCCUUACUUUAUCACUGUGCUUUUAUAUACGAGUAACAUUCUGUGUGAGAGUUCUAUUUUUUAUUCGAAUUUCUGUAGAAAAUACACUGACCCAGCAAU